AUGAAGAACGAAGAGAUUGCGACACUUUUGCAGGCAUUGGACCUCAAAUGGGAGCAGCGUGCGGAGUCCCAACUGGAGCAUCUCAAAUCCUUGCUGGAUGAACGUUUGGCCCAGGUAUCGCCGCCACCGUCUCUGAGCACGGGUGGUGAGACCAGUGCUAUCCGUGAGCAGGUUCGAGAGAAGGGAUGGAGAACUGAUGCGGAGACCGAUUUCCGUGACUUGAAUUUGAUUCUCAAGACUUUGCGAGUUAAGGUUCCACGUUUUGAUGGUUUGAACGUUGAUGACUGGAUUUACAAGAUUAACAAAUUUUUUGAUCUACAUAGAGUUGAUCCAGCUAUGCGACUUGCUGUCAUCGCCUUUCACUUGGAUGGAGCUCCAUCUACUUGGUUUCAAUGGAUGGAAAAAGGAGGCUCCAUUACCGAUUGGGACUCUUUUCUUAUGGCGUUGCAACAACGUUUUGGGACAUCAAUCUAUGAUGAUCCACUGGGAAGAAUUUCGAAGCUCACUCAGACGGGUCGUGUAUCUCAGUAUCGUGCAGAAUUCGAAUCCCUCAUGCCUCGCAUUACCGGUGUGGCGGAAUCGAUGUUCUUGAAUUUUUUUAUUUGGGGACUCAAAUUGGAAAUUCGAAGGGAAUUUUUGCUGGCUAAACCCAUGGAUUUGGCUGAUGCUAUUGCCAAGGCACAUUUGUUUGAAGACAGGAAUGAGGAUUUAGUGUCUCGGCAGAAACAAGAACUCACCCGCUCAAGUUGGUCGCCGCGGACAGCGAGUCCGACUCAGGUUAUUACACCAUCAUCCUUUACUGCUUAUAAACAUGGCCCGAAUUCUAAUGUCCCUCCCAGCCAGUCCACUAUAACCCAGUCAGGUAUCACCCAUCUUCCUGUGAAGAAACUGACUUCUACUGAAAUGAAAGACCGUAGAGAUAGAGGCCUUUGUUACACCUGUGAUGAAAAAUUCAAUUAUGGUCAUAAAUGCAAAAACAAGAUGUUGAUUAUGUGUGUACAAAGGGAUGAAGAUGUUGAGUCAGGGACCGAAACUGGGGUACUGGAGUUCGAAACCACAGAGGAGGAAGUGAGUCUCAACUCCCUUUCCAAUUCGAUGAACCCUCGAAUUUUUCGUAUUAUGGCCAAACACGAAAAAGAGUCUCUGGAGGUGCUAGUGGACACGGGGAGCAACAACAACUUUAUCCAGGAAUCCUUGGUUUAUCAACUGCAACUUUCUUUCGAGGAGACCAAGAGGUUUAAAGUCUAUAUGGGUAAUGGAAAUUUCCUCUUGUGUUCAAAAAUUUGCAAAGAUGUUGAACUGGUUUUACAAGGACACAAGUUUGUUGUUGACCUCUAUGUGCUUCCGAUUUCUGGUCUAGAGGUGGUGCUCGGGAUGCAAUGGUUACAAAAUUUAGGCCCGUGUGUUCAUGACCAUAAGGAACUUACUAUGGAGUUUUCGUGGCAAGGUAGUGUGGUGAAAUUGAAGGGGUCUACUGAUGUUUCGGCACAUCAGCUCUCUUACACUCAAUUUAAUACUCUGUUACAAGAGGGUGAAGUGAAAUCCCUGUACCGCUUGUCAGCUGUCAUGGAUGUACAAAGCAACACAGUGGCUGCAUUACCUGAUUUAGAAGCUAAUCUUCGAGCUCAUAGCAGGGGAAUUCUUACUCAAUAUGCAGAUGUUUUUAAUGAGCCCAAGGAGCUGCCCCCUUACCGAAAUGUGGACCAUCGAAUCUUCUUGCAACCAGGUUCACCUCCUGUAAAUGUGAGGCCUUAUCGGUACCCCUACUUUCAGAAGGAUGUCAUUGAAAAGUUGGUAAAAGAAAUGAUGGAAAUGGGAUUUAUCCGACCAAGCACAAGUCCAUAUUCUUCUCCGGUUUUGCUUAUUAAAAAAAAGGAUGGAACGUGGCGCUUUUGUGUGGACUAUCGGGCUCUUAAUGGGAUUACAGUCAAGGAUCGAUUUCCUAUUCCCACUAUCGACGAGUUGCUAGAUGAACUAGGCAAGGCAAAGGUGUUUUCUAAGUUGGAUUUGCGGGCGGGAUAUCAUCAAAUUCGUAUGGAUAGAAGAGAUGUUCACAAAACAGCCUUCCGAACUCACGAGGGACACUAUGAAUUUGUGGUCAUGCCGUUUGGGCUUACUGAUGCCCCGUCUACUUUUCAGGCUGCUAUGAAUCAGGUUUUUCGACCAUUUUUGCGUCACUUCGUCAUCGUUUUCUUUGAUGACAUUUUAAUAUAUAGCAGCAAUGAAGAGGAGCAUGUCAUUCACUUAAGGAAAGUACUCUAG